GUUUACAUGUUUCAUCCUCCUAUAGUAUGAUAACAAAACAUUUAAUGUUUAUAACAUGAAGGAUGAGCCUGACCACCAGAGGGACACUUCAGAUCAGAAGAUUCUCAGGGGAAAGAAGGAUGAUCGUCUGCUUGCAUCAGUUCAUGGAAUUCCAUGAACGGCUCCCUGCCUUGUCCAUAGAGGAAGGAGGCUGCCAUUAAACCUCACACGUGAAGAAGAAGAUUCAACAAAUGCCUCCAUGUUGGCGUUCAAUUUCUACUUGUCCACUCUAAGCUGCGUCUUCAGUUCAAAUGUCCAUGUUUGGGCUUCAGAUCCUCCUGGUCCUUGUGCUAUCCCUGUGUUUACUGCCCCUUCCAGCAAAGGGAUCAUUGUUUCGCUUUGGUGUCGUGGGUCCUUGGAGUUGUGAUCCUCUGUUUGCCAAAGCUCUUCCCCAUGUGGCAGCACAGCUUGCUGUCAGUCACAUCAACAAAGAUCCAUCUUUAUCAAAGGCCACUCGAUUUGACUAUUCGGUGCUGCAGGAGCCAUGUGAGACGUCCAGGGGUUUGGAGGCUUUUAUAGGUUUCCACACCAAAGCCUCAGGAUACAUUGGACCUGGUAACCCGGGCUACUGUGAUGCUGCAUCAAUGUUGAGCAAAGGAUGGAACAAACCAUCGUUUGCUUGGAGCUGUGUUGGCUAUGAGUUAGACGAUGUUCGCAACCAUCCGACCUUCGCUCGCACCAUGCCGCGACCCACCUUGGUCCUGAUCAGUGUCAUGAAGUACUUUAAAUGGGCUCACAUUGGCAUCAUAUCCACGUCGGAAGAGAUCUGGGUGGAGACAGCAAUAAAGGCUGGAGAGUCUCUGAGAAGUCACGGCCUGCCAGUUAAAUUGGUCACUAUCAUGGACGACACACCACAUGGCAUCAGGAAAACCUUGGCCAAAGUUCGACAGAUGUGCGAGUUAAAAGUGCUGAUCCUCUGCAUGCACUCGACACUUAUCGGCGGAGUGGCUCAGAAGCACCUGUUGGAGACGGCUUACGACAUGAAGAUGGUCGAUGGCUCCCUGGUCUUUGUCACCUACGACACACUUUUGUACAGCCUCCCCUACCACAAUAUCAGUUAUCCAGCUCUGAAAAGCAACAGCAAACUUCUGCGGGCCUACGACGCCGUGCUGACCAUCACCAUCGACUCACCUACAGUUUCCUUUUUUGAGGCCUAUAAAGAAGCAAUGGAAAUGGGGGAGGUGGCUCAGACUCUACAUCCUAGUCAGGUUUCUCCGUUGUUUGGCACCAUCUACAAUUCCAUCAUCUUCAUGGCACAUGCAGUCCAUCGGGUCAGACUUGCUGGCGAGUGGAUGUCAGGAGGGAACAUGGCUGCAAAGUCACGCAACAUAGACUUUCAGGGCUUCAGUCAUCGCAUCAAGUCCAACAGUGCUGGAGCCGUUCUGCUCGACUACCUCAUACUGGACACUGAUGGACUCUCUCCUGAGCUGAAGCCCACAUACAGGAUUGACAUGGAGGUUGGCAUGGUCAGGUACUUGGGUCGAGAUAUUCACUUCCCACGUGGAUAUGGACCCAGGAGAGAUGCCUCGUGUUGGUUUACUCCUGGAGUCAUCUGCUCAGGGGGUGUUGACCUCUUCUCCACCAUUUGCAUCUUUUUUGGAGCAAUCGCUGCAUUUGUCUUUGCUAUGACAUCGACAUACUGUGCCAGGAGAUGCAUCAGUCAGAUUCGUCUGGUCAGGGGACCAAACAAGAUCUUACUCACACUGGCUGACGUCACCUUCAUCAACCCGUCACUCAGCAACAAGAAACUGAGUCUGGAUGACAGUCGUGCCAGUGGCAUGAAGAGUAUAUCCGACCACCACCCAGUGUCUUCAGUCUCCACGAUGUCGCCGGCCACCUAUGAGAACUCUAAUGUUGUUAUUUAUGAGGGUGACUGGGCUUGGCUGAAGAGACUCCCUGAUGGAUCAUUUGGACGCAUAAAUCCAAAAACUAGUGACGUCUUUGAAUUGAUGAAAGACAUGCGGCACGAAAACGUCAAUCCUUUCCUGGGCUUCUUCCACGACUGUGGUGUGUUUGCCAUAGUGACGGAAUUUUGCUCCAGAGGAAGUUUAGAGGACCUGUUGCUUAGUGAUGAUGUCAAGCUCGACUGGAUGUUCAAGUCAUCUCUGCUGCUGGAUCUCAUCAAGGGCAUGAAGUACCUUCACCACCGUAACGUCUGUCACGGUCGUCUCAAGUCUCGGAAUUGUGUGGUGGAUGGACGCUUUGUUCUGAAAGUCACCGACUACGGCUACAUUGAAGUUCUAGAGGCUCAACGAUUCCCGCGCCUGGAUUCACCUACCGAUGACCUUUUGUGGACGGCGCCAGAAAUCCUGAGGAGUGGUCACGCACAGCUUCAUGGGACACUAUCUGGUGACGUGUACAGCUUUGCCAUCAUCAUGCAGGAGGUGGUGAUCAGGGGACCACCAUUUUGCAUGCUGAAUUUAUCUGCUGCAGAGAUCAUAGAAAAGCUGCAUAAGCCCCCUCCUCUUUGCCGCCCUGUGGUCAGUCCUGACUAUGCACCUCUAGAGUGUAUCCAGCUGAUGAAACAAUGCUGGAAUGAGCAACCUGACAAGAGGCCUGGCUUUGAAGAGAUCUUCGACCAGUUUAAGAACAUCAACAAGGGAAGGAAGACCAACAUCAUAGACUCCAUGUUGCGCAUGUUGGAGCAGUACUCUUCUAAUUUGGAAGAACUGAUCCGAGAGCGAACUGAAGAGCUGGAGAUUGAGAAACAGAAGACAGAGAAGCUGCUGACACAAAUGUUACCCCCGUCUGUGGCUGAGGCGCUGAAGAUUGGUGGCACAGUAGUGCCUGAGUACUUUGCCAGCGUCUCUCUUUAUUUCAGUGACAUUGUGGGAUUCACAACCAUCUCAGCCAACAGCGAGCCCAUCGAAGUGGUCGACCUGCUCAACAGCUUGUACACACUUUUCGAUGCCAUAAUAGGGAAUCAUGAUGUCUACAAGGUGGAGACUAUUGGAGAUGCCUACAUGGUGGCGUCAGGUGUGCCGGUUCCUAACGGUGACCGCCAUGCAGCAGAAAUAGCCAACAUGUCCCUCGAUAUUCUGAGUGCCGUGGGGUCAUUCAAGAUGAGACACAUGCCGGACGUUCCUGUUAGGAUAAGGAUCGGACUUCACACUGGUCCCAUUGUAACAGGAGUUGUGGGUCUCACUAUGCCUCGCUACUGCUUGUUUGGAGACACAGUCAACACCGCCUCUCGUAUGGAGUCAAGUGGCUUACCCUACAGGAUCCAUGUUCAUCAGAGCACCGUGAAGAUCCUGCGACAACUGAAUCUGGGCUACAAACUUGAACUUAGAGGCAGAAUUGAGAUCAAGGGAAAAGGUGUAGAGGAGACAUACUGGCUUGUGGGAAGAGACGGCUUCACCAAACCUCUUCCAGUUCCACCCGAGAUCAAGUCAGGCAUCCCCAUGAACGAGACAAAGGACAUGAAGCGGGUCUUUCACAAAUCUGUUAAGUUGCUCACUCAUAUCCGCGCGGUGACUCAGCUCCACAUGCCCGAGGAAGAGGCUAACGUCAUGCUGGCACACCAUUAACAACUUUUCACAUGGAGUCGCUGGGUGUUUUACAACUGUAGCUUUGGUUUUGUAUCCUUAUUAUUCCACAUACAACACUUCUCUUACUCUUUGACUGCUUCUUCAAACAGAAAUUCCUGUGACAACAAAGCUAGUCACAGUAGUUCAUUCCUCCAUUUAUUCAAUCACAGUACCCCUCUUCAACAGUCUGGUGUAACUGCUGUAUAAUAUGCAUCUUAUUACAUUUAAAUGGCAAUAAAGGGGUGAACGUUUUGUAAUGAAACAUGCUGCACAAUAAUAUUGUUCGCCAUUUCUUAUAUUCUACGUUCUUUCCUGUGCAAAGGUUGCUCAUUUUAAUAAACAAAAAUGUGAAGCUGCGACAGGUUGAACUGCUUAUAGGAAGUAGGAACUGAGUGAGGAAGAUUAUCUGACCCUGUAGAUCCCAGCUUUGCUGAGUCAGCACUGUUCUGCAUCUCCAUGUAAAUACUCAGAGGACUUUGUCUGAUUACCACGACUGUUGUUCAUCUGAACUUUCUCCAUACUGCACUCAUGUUAUGAUUUGAAAACAAGAUUAAACUGUAGACUGGAAAGUUGUGUCUGGGGUUCUAGAAUUGACCUGGUCCAUUACUGCCAUAUCCAAAUACAAGGUAAGGUUGGGCUGAAUAUUUGAGUGCUUCCAUCUAGUUCCUACUGGUGAAUCAGCAAACAGAAUGUUGUGAUGAUUGCAAGUGACAUGCUUUUUGUUAGAUGCAUUUGAUUCCCAAAUAAUCAAGCCAAGAACAAUACGUUUUGGUACAUUGUUGCAUGUGUUUGUCAACAUGUGUGUCCCAUACGCUGCUGGCAUGAGCCAACAUCUGAAACGGAAAUAUCAGGUGAAACAAUUUAGAGCUGGAAACUAACCGGUUCUACCAAACCGUCCUGGCUUCUUCUGAGAUGAAUUUGACAAAUGUCAGUGAUGAACCCUUUUCUGCCAACUCAGCAACUCAGCUACUUCAAACGGUAUGUCCAGUGGCUUUGUCAUUUGUGCCCACUGUCUGCAUUGGUUCGACUAAUGCAACCAAAGUGGUGGAUCAGUGGAGGAUGCCUCCUGCUUGUCUGAGCACUAUUAAAGCUCUAGGGAAGUCUGCUUGCUUUGGGGGCUGUGAUAGUUAUUGUUUAGCUUUUCUAUUGGCUCUCUGCUCUGAAAGAUUCUCACCUUGCACAGUUGUAAUAAAGCUU